AUGGCACCUGCAGCAACUGGAGGCAAGAAGCAGAAGAAGAAGUGGUCCAAGGGCAAGGUCAAGGACAAGGCCCAGCACGCUGUCGUUCUCGACAAGCAGACCAACGACAAGCUCCAGAAGGAUGUCCAGUCCUACCGCCUCAUCACCGUUGCCACUCUCGUCGAUCGCUUGAAGAUCAACGGUUCGCUCGCGCGUCAAGCUCUUAACGACCUUGAGGCCAACGGUCAGAUCAAGAAGGUUGUCGGACACUCCAAGCUCAGCAUCUACACACGAGCUGUCGGCGCCGCCGAGUAA